CUUUACACUUACGAUUAUUGAGAUAUAAUUUUUAUUGCAACAUGUGAUUAAUACUCUUUCGAUACAACUUUUUAAAUUUCUGAGGUUCUUACAAAAUCCCAAUUCUGCUAAAAUGGAGACAAAGAAUGCUGUAUUGUUAAUGGUGUUGGUGUUUGGAGCGGUUUGGGCUGAUUCUGAUGAAGUACAGGAUGGCGAUCUUCACACAGAGACUUUUCAAAAUGGAAAUGAGGAAGAAGUAACAAUAUUAGACAAAAACAAUAAAGUUGUAGCCACCGUUGAAAUACUUGAAGAGGAGGGACUCCAAAUUGACAAACCAGUUGAAGCUGAUGAACACCCUUGUUUUCUGAGAAGUAUUGAAACAGAAUCUAACGAGACCACCCCCGAUGAUAAAGACAUUUGCUAUGUACGUAACGCAGUAUCCUACGAGGACGCAAUGGGAAUGGGUCUAAAUGCUACACAUGUUUUCGAUCAAUGUCAGUCACUCUAUAUGCUGGAACAACAGAGCUGUGACGUAAUUGAUGACAAAGCUACAGCAGAGGGAAGUCGCAAGAAAAGGUCAUGGCCAGUUGGAAAUUAUUGUUGUCAUUACAAAAUACAAUACACUGUGAAAUGCGUGUACAGUGUGUCUUAUUGCUGCAGAUGGUUUUCUGUAAUCUGUACCCGACGCUGUCAAAGGUGUCAGAAAUAUGAUACCAUACCUUACAUCAUUAAGAUGUGCCAUUAUGGCUAGACUAAAAUCAUUUUCUGACAUAGUCUUAUAAGAUAAUGCGGUAUUUUGUAGACUCUAAUCAACAAAUGUUAGCAUUUGAUGAUGACUAUUCUUGUGCAUGACUGAUAAAUUUUAAAAAUUCGAGUGUUGUUGAUUUAAAGUUAAAGAUAAGCAUGUUAGUUCAAUGAAUUAACAAUGCAUAAAAAUAACAAAGCAAAUGAAAUAUUUGAUUCUUUUCAUUCUUUUGCAUGAAUGUUUAUUUGUCAAAUUACUCUCUGACUUUUAAUGCGUGAAAUA